AAAAUCACGUAACAGCUGUUCAUGACACCUCCGUCAGCUAUCAAAGCACUAUCAAUUGGCAUCUGCCAAAUGUGUGUAAUCAGUGGGCAGUUGCAGUGGCAAGGGAGUAACAUUUACGACGGUCUGAGGUGUUGCAGAUAAGGUGUUCGAUCGCUUCAGGCAAUCUUCCAAUCGCCAAGUUCACAGAUAAAACGUACAAAACCAAUCGAGAUAACGCGCGACGAACAUGAACGAACUGAAAGCGCCAUCGCUCCAGUCACUGCUGGAAUCGGACCGAGGCUCGAACGACAGCCUCCUCGCGGAGUCCCUACAGCUCGACAUCGAAGAUCUGGACGAUGACGAGUACUCGAUUCCCGCGCUCGAUACUCUGCCCACCCUGGAGAGUGUCCUGAGUGAGCUGGAGGGCGAUUCGGACAUUGCGUCCGAGGUUCAAUUCACUUCUGCAACGCCGACACCGUCUGUGGAUGAAAGCAGUCGGGGAGGCUCGAUCCUAAGGCAUGUUAUCCUGCAAGGAAUUUCGUCGCAAAUAUCGUCGGCAGCGGAUCGCAUCAAUGCAGGCUCAGCCACUGCCGUUGCUAUUUCUCAAAUGAUUGCACUCGGUACCUCGCAUGGUCACAUCCUAAACUUCGACAGUUCACAAACCCUGCGCUGGGCCCAUCAGGAUCAAACCUCACAAGGUGCCGUCUCGGCACUUGCCUUCAACGAGGAUGUCACUCGACUAUUAGCCGGUUUCGCCCGCGGUCUGGUUAUCAUGAUUGACACCGCCAGCGGGGACGUCUUGCGCAGCAUGACUGACGUGAUUACGCCAAAUACAGGCGUGUUGAGCAUAAAAUGGACUGGACGUCCAGCGCUGGCGCUCUGUUCGGACUCCGGUGGCUCUGUGUGGUCGCUGAGCUUCACUAGGAAACUAGGAAUUCGAGGGUGCGCCUCUCGGUGCUUGUUCAGUGGUGCUAGAGGAGAAGUCUGUGCGAUGGAACCUCUGAUUCUCGAGGAUGAUGGACACGAGCUGCAAAACUAUUCCAUCAUUGCCUUGGCGACUUUGUCCAAGUAUCUUGUCGUCACUAUCAGGCCUAGAUUGCGAGUUGCGAAAUUUAAUGUCUUGGACGGACCGCGUGAUUGCUUACCACUGCUUGCCUGGCAAAUGGUUUUGAUACAAGCAGCCGACACCAGUCGAACGGUCGAUCCUGUGCUUGCCGUGGCUAGGGGGAAUCAAUUGUUUUUCCAUCAGAUAUUCAUCAACAACGGCCGCAUCGACUUGCUGUUCCUCCGUAAAGUCCAUCUCGGCUACAAUUUGCUCGCACUCCAUUGGCUCGGAUCCAAAUCGAUAGCUUGCUUGGAUACCUCAGAGAUGCUUCAUCUGGUGGACGUUCGCUCGAGCAAGGAAGUCGAAUGCGUCGAUAUGGCGAACGCUGGUCUAGUCUACAGCUCAGCGCAAUUCAAGGGACUCGCGACCGGUGGAAAUGUGUCUCCAGCUCUUGCCUUAGCAGGAACCCACGCUUGCUACAAUUCAGUCGCCUCGAAAGGCACACAACUCUACAUCUUGGGGGCGCGAAGCUUGAAUGUUGUUAGUGUGCGCCACUGGAAUGAGCGAAUAUCCUAUCUAGUCCACAAUCACCGCUGGGCUGAAGCUUGUGAGCUGGCUCUCGACGGGUACAGAGCCGCAGGGGACCGGCCUAGAAGAAAACAGCAAGCACACGACAGAAUCGUUGAAUUGUUCCAUGAAUACGUUUCAUCCACGAACAGAACUCCUGAAUUUUGUCUGGGACCGAUAAUGAAGUGUCUGAUCGAAAUCGGUGAAUUGGAUCUACUAUGGCAAGAGCUUUGGGACCGUCUGACGUCUCCUGGACUAUUCCUGCAACUCAUCACAGAGCACAUCGAAAACGACGAGAUAAAGCGCAUCAAUCCGAACAUCGCUCAAGCUCUGGUUGACUACUGGGCGAACCUAUCUCCCGCAAGACUAGAGGACAUCAUCCUGAAGCUAGACUGGACUUGUCUGGAUCUACAUCAAGUUUUGACCGUUGCCAAGGCGAAGAAACUCUACAAAGCGCAAAUCUAUCUGAACACCCACGCCCUUAGUGAUUACACGAUUUCUCUGAUGGAGUUCAUUCCGUUGGUCGAGUCUGAAAGUCGUGAUUUGGGAAAUUGCCUGUUGGUUUACAUUUCAAGUUGUUUGGCCGGCAGAGGGUAUCCGGCAGGCGAGAUUCCACCCGAUCAAGUGCCGAACGUCAAGCAUGAUGUCUUGCGCUGUUUGACGUCAAUUCAUUCUAUUCGGAGUGACGAGAAUGAAUUUCAUUAUCCUUAUCUACGCGCGCUGCUUCGGUUUGAUACGCGAGAAACGCUGAAUGUGAUAUCGUUGGCAUUUCAGGAGAAGGAGUUCAGUGGUGAGCUGGGAAUGUCGCACAGGCAGCGGAUUGUGAAUAUCUUGUUGGAGAUUAUGACAUCGGAGAAUGCCACGUGGUCUCAAAUCGGUUGCCUUCUAAACUUCAUUAGCCAACAAGUAUCUGCUCAUUGCCUUCCUGACGAUGCGUCACUCGUUGAAAGAAUCACUGACUACCUCGUUAAAGAAAACAUUGACGGCGAAAGUCCUAGAGAACAUUCCGAACGUGAACAAGCUUGGCUGGAACUGAUCAGUUCCAAUCAUCUCUCGCACAUUCCCUUAGAACAACAGUUGGUCCUGGCAAGCCGCGCUAAAUGCUAUUGUGUUCGGGAAUAUCUCCUCGAAAAACUCAAUGAAUACGAUGAAAUCCUGGAAUGUUAUCUGAAUAAUCCUUACCGUCACUUGGAAGUGUUCAUGUACAUUGAACAACAUGCUGCAAACCCGGAGCGAAAAAUCUACUUACAAGUCUUGAAAAAUUUCCCUGCGCUCAUGCGUAUUGACUACGAUAGAAUGACGAAAAUUGUUGUGGAUCAUUUCAGUGAAAAAGUACCGGAGUUUGUUAGAGCCUUGUCGAAUGAGCCGAAGCUUUUAUAUUUAUUUCUUGGGCAACUGUCCAGAUACGGGCUAGCGUUGGACGUGGCGCAGAACGAGAAGUAUUUGGAGCUUAUGUGCCAAGAGAACCCGGAGCAAGUUAAAGAGUUCCUGACAAGUAGCGAGAACUACCGACUGGAGAACGCCUUGGAAAUCGUCACAAAAUUUCAUUUGACCCAGUGCUGCAUUUAUCUCUAUGAAAAACAAGGUGAUUAUCAAGUUGCAUUUAAUCUUUCGAUGGAAUUACUGCGGGAAGCGCCUGAGAGUACUGCCGAAACUUACGCGCAUCAGAUCAUGCUAUUGUGUUCGAGAGCUUCCCAGGUGCUAUCUGAGAAGCAACGGGAAGAUUUCUGGUUCCCUCUCUUAACUCUGGUGCUAUCACGCCCAGACCUCUCCUCAAUAACUCGCAGUGCACUCCACCUUGCCGGCCAGCAUGUUGACCUUUCUAAACUAGUCCAACUUGUCCUACAAUGUGGAACGCAAUCAGGAAGCUUCGGUGAUAUAAAGGACCUUCUCGUUGGAAUGCUCUCGAAUUCGCGAUACGAAAACUUACUCCUGGAAACAACAGCUCGAAUCCUCGGUCGGGAUCUUCACAAUAAAUUUGCGGUGGAGCGGAAAGCUGCCAAUCGGGGACUAUGGGUAACUGUGAUUAAAUGUGUUGUAUGUCGGCAACGAUUGUACAACCAAAUGGAUGUGCUGGUGUUCGGUGCGUGUGGGCAUUCCAUUCAUCAGGCGUGUUGCAGCGAUCGAAUAAGCAAAUCGAGUUGCCCCCGUUGCGGGGCUAAGAUGGCCAGCGACGAACCUAUCGAGCUGGCUAAACCUAAGCUAAGAAUUGUUGAUAUUGAUAGUCGCCAUAGUGAUAGUAUUAGUAGCACUAAUAAUUCCGAAAUGCUAAAUGUUAAAGCUCCUCCUAGACAAUUUCAUUGUUAAAAUGUUUAGUAUUUAGAUGUAUGUAUUUAUAGGAUUCAUAUACAUAUAUUUAUUAAAAGUAUGCAUGACUUAG